AUGUUUCGAGGUAAUUCAUUAGCAACAAAAGCAAUGGAAGCGUAUAUGAAAUUGGUUGCAGAUGAAUAUCUUCAAAAUACACUUGGCGAAUUUGUCAAAACAAUGCAACAAUCUGAUAAGGAUUGUGAGGUAGAUCCGUUGAAAAUGGCAAAUAUCAGUGUGAUAACACUGGAAAAGAAUCGUCAUCAAUUGGUAGCAAAUGUUAAAACUGCAUGGUCCAAAAUAUUGGCCAGUACUGAAAUAUUUCCAAUUGAAUUACGUGAAAUUUUCAUUACCCUGCGAAGACGACUGGAAAAAAUUGGUCGGCUUGAUCUUGCCGAUACAUUAAUUUCAUCCAGCAUUUUUCUUCGAUUUCUUUGUCCAGCAAUACUCAGUCCCAGUUUGUUCAAUUUGAUUUCCGAAUAUCCAUCAGGUCAUGCAGCUCGUAAUCUUACAUUAAUUGCUAAAGCAUUGCAAACAUUAGCAAAUUUUACGAAAUUUGGUGGCAAAGAGCAUUACAUGGAUUUUAUGAAUGAAUUCGUGGAGAAUGAAUGGGAUAAUAUGCAUCGAUAUUUGAUGAAAAUUUCAACACCAUCGGCAAAUAAUCAGCGAAAUUUGAAUGAAAAUGAUUGGAACAUAUCGAUAGAUAUUGGCAAAGAAGUAUCAUUACUUUAUUCAUAUUUAGAUGAACUAUGGACUCCCGAGAUUCAUGAACAAGCUUCUAAAUAUGGAUCACAGAUGGCAGAAUUACGAUUAAUUUUAGCAAAAUUACGCUAUAUACGAAUGAGAAAUGUUGGUUGUAGAGAUUAUGAAUUGUUACCGGUUGAAAGUUCACCUUCUGAUUAUGAUAAUGAAAAUGUUUCAAGAUUGCUUACACACAACAAUAAUGCGAAAGUUCCAUCACAUAUUCGUAAUACAGUAAGCGAAUCACAAGUGAUAACAAAGGCAGUUCCAGCAGCUCAUUUAAACACAAAUGAUGAUUAUGUAUUGGAUAUAGCCUUAUUGAAUGAUAGUUUGGCUGUAAGACAAGCCGGUCUAACCGUACAGAAACAUCGCAAUGGACACAAUCGUAAUCAACGAUAUUAUAAUGAAAAUGCAUCUUGUGAACGGCAUAAUAGAAGGAAUCCAUACACAGCAAUACCGGAUAUUUCGGCAAGUCGUGAAAGAAUUAUUGCAUUUGAUGCUACUAAUAAAUCAAUAGCAUCUGAAAAUGAUACUUGUGUAUCGUCCAAUAUUUUAUCCGAAUACUCAACUGUUGGUUGUCGUCGAAAUGAUGAUACCGAUUCGGAUGAAACAACCCAUGAAUCUUCAUUAAUACGUUCUCGUCAUAUACGUCCACCACGUAAAAGUAAACGACGUACUUUCGCAUCAACGGAUCGUGAACAAACAGCAGUUACAUGUCCGGAUACUAUUGUUGCACCUCCAUCCAGUGGAUAUCAAAGUCAAAAUCAUAGUAGCAGUUUGAGUUCGUCGAAUAGUAGCAGUCCGGUAGAGCGUACAACAAAAGGAAAUAAUCAUCCCACAUAUCAAUCAACAUUGCAACCAACCAAUCCAAUGUUUAAUGUUCAUCAAUAUAUUCCGUCAACAUCUUCCUCAUCCGGAAACUCUGAUAAGCCAUUAGUUGAUGAGAAUCGUUAUUGCGUACGUUCCGCUCCAUCUACAAUGUAUAAGACUUCCGCACAUCCGUCACAUUUAGAAGUAAUGGAUGGUAGUAAUACUAUUUAUGAUGUACCGAAAUAUUCACUGCCAAGAACUAAUCUGCAAUGUUCACCACGUAAUACAACAGCUAUGAAUGGUGAAACUAUACUGAAGCCAACAUUAAUUGAUAUAGAUCAUGAUGGUGGUAGUGAAACACGAUUAGUUGUACCAGGACGAUCUUCUGAUCAUACUAGCAAUAAUAAUAAUAAGAAGAAUGAUGAUGAUGAUAAUAAUGAAGAUAUUGAUGAUCAUGAUGACGAUGAUGAUGGUGAUGAAAAUGAUGAUAAUAAUAUUGUAAAAGAAUGUGGUACAAAAUGGUGCUUCACCGAACAACGAACAAGCGGUAUGAAGCAAUGGCCAAGAAAAGAAUCGCAUGCACUUAGCCAACAGGAAAUAAUUGAGCAACAAAAACGUGAAAUUCGACGAUUAAUGAAGGAGAACGAAGAGUUGAAACGACGUGUUGCUGCACAGAAUCAAACAGUUAAUGAUUCCAAAAAUAUCAAUCCACAAACGAUUGCGCCUAAUGGUUCUGUAUCGGAAGGAAGUUAUGAUUCGUUGAGUUCAUCCAAUGACUUUCAAUUAUCAUCGAAGAAUGCUAAAGCGAUUACUCACUGUUAA